UUGGUGAAAAUCGCGUUUACAUACUACAUAGAUUCAGUAGCGCUAACGCCGAAACGCCAAAAAUCUUUGGUUUCCCUAGUUAUGAUACUCUUCACAAAAAUAUAAAGGUUAUUAUUAGGUUGGUGCGUAUGAAAUGUCGUAUUCUCUUUACAUGUGGACGUUUUCCUCCCUGUUUUCGUUAUACUUUUGUAUUUGGCAUAACCUCAUUCAUACUCGUAUUGUCCAUUGCCAGAGACUCAUUUCAACAAAAUAGGUUUUCUCGAAGGUCUUCCCUUUUUUAUUUCUUUUGAGUUUAUUACCGAUAUGAAUUCUGCCGACAUUCGCGUCAUUUUCUUAUAUGAGUACAAACUUGGUAAUAGUGCUGCAAAAGCUGCACGCAACAUAAACCAAGCGUUUGGGGAGAAUACGGUUAACAAUCGGAAAGUGCAGCGUUGGUUCGAAAAAUUUCGGACUGGCGAUUUUUCACUGCAAAAUGAGCCGCGCGGAAGACCCAAAACGUCUGUGAAGAAUGAUGACCUGAAGGCUCUAGUGGAAGCGGAUCCAGCCGUAUCCACGAGGGAACUUGCUAUCAGGAUGAAAGUUGACCAUACAACGAUAUUGAGACACCUUUCUGAGAUUGGCAAGGUUAAGAAGAUGGACAAGUGGGUACCGCACGCACUGACAGAGCGAAAUAAGCUGGAUCGGUUAAACGUAUGCUCAUCAUAGCUAACCCGAUUUCACCGAGAGCCAUUUUUUGAUCGGAUCAUUACGUGUGACGAAAAAUGGGUUCUUUAUGACAAUAGAAAGAGGUGUGCUCGGUGGCUUGACAAGGAUGAGGUUUGUGCCAAUACUCCAAGGCCAUCGCUUCAUCCACGGAAGAUUUUGUUCACAGUUUGGUGGAACGCGGCUGGGGUAAUCCAUUAUUCGUUCCUUCGACCUGGGGAGACAAUUACGGCCGAAAAGUACUGCCAGUACAUUGAUGAGAUGCACGAUAAGUUAAAAAUUGUACUCCCAUCGCUUGUGAAUCGGCAUGGCCCGCUACUGCUCCAUGACAACGCUUGGCCGCACACAUCGCACAAAACAAUUGCGAAACUGAACGAACUGGAAUAUGAAGUUUUGCAGCAUCCACCAUAUUCACCGGAUCUCUCGCCGACCGAUUUUCAUUUUUUCAAGCAUUUAGAGCUGCUUUUAAAAGGCAAACACCAUGAAAAUGAAGACAGUCUAAAAAACUCGAUAUCAGAGUUUAUUAAUUCUAAAGACCAAAAUUUUUUUAAGACAGGCAUCUACGCUUUAAAAUCUCGUUGGGAGAAGUGUAUUGAAGCGAAUGGAGCAUACUUUGAUUGAAUAAACAGCUUUUGAAGAAAGAUAUACAGUUUUAUACAAUCACUUAAGAAUCCGACAUUUCAUAUGCACCAACCUAAUAUUCUCAGCAACCUGUACAAAUAAAGCAUAUGAACAUAAAUAUUUUAAAUUGUCAUAGUGAUGACUUAAUAAAAUCAAUCUCAGGAAUAAUUAGUACACAAAGUCUACUAGGCCUAAAAAUAUAUUUUACUGAAUAAAGACUUUUCUCGAUUGACGUCAAUCAGGAAAAGUCUAAAGUAUCAAGUGCAAGGACAUCUUACUACUUAUUGGCAACACAGGCAUCACAUCAUAAAAAAAAGAGGGUUAUGUUUUUUAACAUCGAUGUCAACAUAUCCUUAAUACAUAUGUAUAAAAUGCUGAUUAGAUCUACGGAGAUAAUUAGAUCUACAGAGAAAGAAUAUUAUUAAGUUAGAUAUAGGUUUAAAAAGACAGUAAAGUUAGAUAUUUUACAUCACCGAUGUUUCUAUUGAUGAUUUAUUAUUAAUGCAUUAUUUUAUAACUUGAAUCUAUAGAUCGACAAUAAUAUCUUCAAGAUAUCAAAUCUAUAAGAAGACAGGAAGACAGUUAACCUCUAGACCUUAAUUUUCAAGAUGAAACCUGAUUCAUAAUACCACAAAUUACUGACAAUUCCCAGAUUUAAUAAAACCAUUUCAGCCGUCCGUGUGUAGAGCGGCAUGCUAUAUAUCACAUAUAAAUAAAAGGAUCCCCAGUAGCAUAAGUGUUUCUUCGGCCAUCACCAAAAAAAUUAUUGAUUAAAAAGGCAAAAUUUACAUAUUUAAUAGAAACUGGAAAUUCCACAUCCGUCAGAUAGUCCAUGGACUUGUUACACAUAGUCCUUAGAAAAAUGUCAGGAGUUUAGUGCCAUCGGGAAACUAUAGAAAAUUAAAUACUGUAAAGAAACCAAAUCACUACUCAUUAUCACAUAUCCAAGAUUUCAUGAAAAUAUCUUUUUGUCUAUUGAUUUGGAAAAAAUGCUAUGACAUUCCGAUAACAGGUGACUUAAAAUAACCAUUAUUAUUCUGUUUAUCUUAUUCAAAUUUUUGACAAAUAUUAUUUAGACUAAAGAACGAAUAAUAAAUUUCUCAUGAAUUUUAUUUUCCAAUUCUUCGGUUAUUUAUAUAUUAUGUACAUAAUACUAUUUGGAUGAUGUUUUACGAUUAGUAACAUCGGGACAUAAAAAUAUGGCCUUUAUAAUGUCAUUUUCGAAAAAGCUUCAGUGCAAACUAGUAAAAUAAAAAUAAUUAGGAGCUAUCAGCAACUACUGGUGAACUACCAAUCAAAUAUAAUAGAAACUUCAUAGAAAGGAGAUAACUUAUUAUAAAGACAGAUCAUUGACCUUAGUCUUUUACCAGAGGUCGGCAAAGAUAUUAUUAAGACAAAUUAAACAGUUAAAUUUUAUUGGUCAAUUCGCCACCGAAAUUGUUCGUGUAAGUGGCAAAGAAAAUGCGAUAGCCGACACACUAUCGUACAUAGCUACUAUAGACUUUCCAGUCAUUAUUAGCACUGAAAAGUUAGCGGAGGAAUAGCGAUAAGACAUACUUAAUGAAAAAAACUGUCUCAAAUUCAGACCAUUCAUUUUCACCGACUGAGUGAAAUGUUCGUUAUAGAUAUUUUAAAUUCGUACGUGCGUUAAAGAAACUAUCAAAUUUAAAAUUCUGAAACUAUUACGUAAAAGAAUUUUUUAUUAUAUCCACAUUAAAACUAACUUUUUCGUUACUAUCGACAAGAUAUCUGCACUAAUACUCAUGCGACGCAAUGUACGAGAUAUUUUGCUUCAUUAUUAAUGUUUUUUGAUGGUGUAAACGAGAUAUCUGAUAUGAAUAAAUCUGUUAUGCGAUGCUAUGAACAAAAAUAUUUUAUGUCUAUCCGUCAAUAUUUACAAUAUCACUUAUUCGAUACUUUGAGCGAAACUUUCUACAUCUGAUUUGAUUUUUAACUAAAGUUAUCAUACAGAAUUCCAUGCAUAUAGUAUCAUGGAUCGACGAGUAAAAAAUCGGAUCAUAAGUGAUAGUAAUAGCAGCGAUAGUAAUGCUGAAUUUGUGUGAGUUAUGCUGACAUUCCAUUACCAAAGAGAUAGAGUAAACUUUUCGAUGCCAAGGCUAUGGAUGAUAUCCAUAGCUACUUAUUUUCGAUCACUUAUUCUAAAUUACACAGCAAUCGUAAUGGAAUGCAAAGAGAAUUGGUCAAUAGUAGUUCUUAUUUUUUUUCUUUGAAUCACAAAGUUGUAAAUUGUAUUGGAAGAACAACGCGUCAUUAGAUAGGACAAAAAUUUGUUUGGUCGGCUAAGAAUAAAUAAGCAAAUACAGCGAAAGAAAAAACUUAUUUAUUAUGUACAGAAUUGCAAUUCUUAAUAAAAGAUUUAGCCAAGUACAGUUA